CUUUCGUUCGUUUAAUAUGAUUGAUCGCUCAGCGACACUACCUACCAAAGCCGUACACUGAAAUCAGAUACAUUUUGCCAGUUGCGGUGUCGGGUGUUCCACUAGUGUUUUAAGUGACAUAAGCAUCCUUUAUUUUUGUUGCACCUUUUGUUGAGUUCGGGAUUUGGAAGCAGAAGGACGUGGAGAUGUGCAGCAACGAGACGCCGACCACCUCGACGCCCAGGCUCCCGAUGCCCUUCAACCUGGAUAACGGUCCCAGGGCCCUGCUUCCCAUUGAUCAAUAUCGCUUACAAUUAUAUCAGUAUGCAGUCGCGGAGAGAUUGCGUUAUCCUCUUCUGAACCCAUUCCCAACACCUCUUCCGUGUUAUCCGUUGUUCCCGCGCGUGCUACAGCCUGAAGAACCGAAGCCACAGCACAGCUACAUCGGCCUCAUAGCCAUGGCCAUACUAAGCGCUCCCGAAGGCAAGCUCGUCCUCUCCGACAUCUACCAGCACAUCCUGGAUCAUUAUCCGUACUUCAGAACAAGAGGUCCGGGCUGGAGGAACUCGAUCAGGCACAACCUCUCUCUGAACGAUUGCUUUAUCAAAGCUGGAAGAAGCGCCAACGGCAAAGGCCAUUACUGGGCCAUCCACCCAGCCAACGUGGAUGAUUUUCGGAAGGGCGACUUCAGACGCAGGAAAGCCCAGAGGAAGGUUCGCAAGCACAUGGGGUUAGCCGUCGACGAGGAUGGCGCUGAUUCCCCAAGUCCUCCGCCGCUUUCAGUGAGUCCUUCAUCGGUGGUUCCCGGUCCUUCGACGGCAGUUUUCCCGGCUCCAAACCGUGGUCCGUCGCGUAAACGCCAGUUCGAUGUUGCAUCUCUUCUCGCGCCGGAUUCCGGCGAAGACACCGCCGAAGAAGACAUCGACGUCGUCUCCAGUGACCAGCAGGAGCAGCAGACCACCAGACCUUGGCCUAUCUUCCCCAUCGUCAACUACUACCAGGCCCUUCUUCAGGCGCGACCAAAUCCGCAGAACGAACCGUCGACCAACGCCAGCGAAGACUCUUAAAUUUCACAUUCCAGAAGAUAAUGAAAAAAAUAAUAAUUAUUAAAAAUUAAACUAGUGAGGCAAGUGAACUGUGUAAUCGAUACCUCUUUCUGUAAUCUCAAUCAUUUAAAUUUAACAAAAUUAUGUAAGACACUGCUAGUGCAAUUCCACCAAAACCGAUACAAAGCUGAGGAAAAUCUAUUUUAGAAUCUCCAAUGUGUAGCGAAUCCGGACCCCCUACGAGAAAAAUGAAUCGA